CUGAUGAGGCGCGUUGUUAGACCGCUCGUGACAGUCAGCUGACACUGAGCUGUUAAUCUUCGUUCGGUCUUUUACUCUGUAAAUAUAUACAUUUUUAUUGACAGUAUUAUAUGAAUUUUGCGAGUUGCAUUGUACUAUUUUAAGUUAAAUAUGUCUGGACCAAACGGAGAUCCCAAUAUUUCAGUUGAUGAUGGAAUAAUCGAGGAUGAAGAUGAAUUCAGUGAUGAAGAAUAUGCAGCGAUCGACUCCAUGCUGGACCAGAUCAACUCGUGUCUGGACGACAUCGAGGACAGAAAUGAUGCUCUGAACGGAAAACUGCACGAGCUGCUGGAGUCCAACAAACAAGCCCGACGAGAGUUCAGACAACAGCUGAAUGAUGAAGAACCUCCUCCUCCUCCUCCAGCAGAAGAUCCAGCGUCCAGAGACACACAGACCUGACGUCCAUCCUCAGACUCUUUCCUGUUUUAUUAAUGCAUUCAGAUGUAAAAUACCUGCGUUAUCGUCUCAGUGGACCAGUAGGGUAGAAUAUAUGUGUGUAAAUGUCUUUGUGUUGGUUGUGUCUAAACUGUACCGUAUUAAAUGAAAGCAAUAAGGCA